AUGUACCAGACCGUGGGGCACUCGGUCAUCCCACUCUACGAAGAAGCGCUAGGAAUACCGCUCUAUCGACAAGAGAUCCUGGGCACCGCCGUAGACUCAAACAGAGACUAUGCAACGCCUUUGCAAAAGCAAGAGCAGGAUGAGACUGAAGAUUUGGUUCCGCUGUUGAGAAGGGUUAUGGAAGCACAUCCGGAGGCAAACGCAGUGUCUACAGGGGCCAUCCUGAGCACUUAUCAACGGACGCGUGUGGAGAAUGUUGCGCUCAGGCUAGGGCUGACGCCACUGUCGUAUCUGUGGCAGUAUCCGCUGUUGCCACCGUAUACGCAAUCGUCACUUUUGCAUGACAUGACGACUGUAGGACAAAAAGCAAUCAUCAUCAAGACGGCGUCUGGCGGUCUGGAUGAAGAAUUUUUGGGCCUCGAUGUCGCAAAUCACAAGACUAUAACAAGGCUAGCGAAGGCCAUGGGGCGCUAUGGUGAUGCUGGUGAUGGCGCGAUACUAGGUGAAGGAGGGGAGUUUGAGACGUUGGCACUGGAUGGGCCGAGAUCGAUCUGGAAGAAGAAGAUAGUGAUCAAGGAUGGUCCACCUGGGAAACUGGAGGGUGGCCAGGCGGUGCUGAAGAUCGAGAAGAGUACGCUAGAGGAAAAGGUUGAUGACAACGAAGAUGCUGGCACAUUGAGGAUACCUGAGCUCUUUGAUGACGAGUUCAAGGGAGUGCUGGAAGUGAUAAACGCCAGCAACGAAAGCGAACUUUCUGCGUUCACCGGAAAAGAGGGCACUGUUCAGUCUUUUGGGUCGUCUCAAGUGCAUCAUCCACCAAUAGUAGACCGACUACCCAGGAAUACAUUCAGUAACACCUCGACCGUCUUUACUUACUCCAAUCUCACGAGCGAUGCCUCUCCUUCUUCCGCACCCGAUUCCCCUUCUCGCCAGCUCUCCAAGAUCUUCCUCCGUCUCGACCAUAUUCUGAAGCAGUGCCAUGUCUCCAAAUCCAGCGUCAACCACUGCACAUUGCUCCUCCGCGAUAUGGCAGACUUUACAGUCCUUAAUCCAAUCUACGCUCAAUACUUCAGCGACGUGAACCCACCAGCCAGAGCCACGAUCGCAGUCGGAGACACCAUGCCCAAAGACAGACACGUCAUGCUAAGCGUAACCGCGGACAAGGACCAGAACGACCAAAACGGAAAGCCCCUCCACGCAGUAAAGAGACAAGGCCUCCACGUCCAAGGCCGAAGCUACUGGGCACCCGCAAACAUCGGACCCUACAGCCAAGCCAUCUCCAUCCGCCUACCCCCAAGCAAUCAGCUCUCCGAAAACGACACCCAAAACGCCGGAGAAGCCGUCUACGUAGCCGGGCAAAUCCCGCUCAUCCCCGCAUCAAUGGACAUCUAUACAGAGCAAGGUUUCAGAGGCCAAGCUCUCCUUUCCCUCCAACACCUCUGGCGCAUCGGCCGCACAAAGGGAGUGACAUGGUGGUCAGCAGCCGUAUGUUUCAUCCCCACUUCUGAGACUCCAGAGGGAGAUGUGCGGACGGCACAGGAAGUAUGGAGGAAGCUUCAUACCCCACCUUCUUCCUCGUCCGACGAUGACAACGACGAGGAUGAAGACGAGGAUGUUGAUCCUUGGGACCGCUUGAACCAGCAUCACGCCUCGACCUUCAAGGAUUCUACGUUCCGGUCGCCAAUUCCUGAUCGCUCUGCUAUGUCUACUGCGCAAAAUCAAGGUUCGGCUGGGGGUAAAGCAGAGAUACUCAUGCCACCUUGUUUCGUCGCCCAGGUCUCUUCUCUGCCGCGCGAUGUGGAUAUAGAGUGGAGUGCUACGGGUCUUACGUCUCCUUCCAUCGCAUACGAGCGUGACGCCACUGUUCCCCAUUGUACUAUUACGACACCGGCGCACAGUCGGUCUCGGUUCUUUACCUUGGAGAUCAGGGAUGAGCGGGAUGUGGAGGUGUUAGGGAAGCUGGGUGCACGGGGCUGGACGAGUGUUACGCUGUAUGUUGGAAGGGGAUUUGCGUGGUAUGGGAAUGGAGGAGAGGGGGUGGAGAUGCAGGGUGUGCAGUGGAUUCCUUGCCAGAGGGUUUGGGGCGAAGAGGGGAGAGAGGUUUGUGCGGUUUUUGUGGGGAGACUGGAUGGGUAA